UUUUUCCUGCAGAAACGUCGAGGACGUGGUAUUUAUGGUGGAAAGACUCAUGGAGCUGGAAGUGGUGGUUCUGGCCAAAGACAAAAUUUUAUGCGAGUUGGCUAUGAGACCGGAAACACUCCAUUUUAUUUACGCUUUUCAUAUCAGACCUACUAUAAGGGACACCAUUUGAAGUUGUCAUACACACCACUCUGCAUGGGAAAGCUGCAGAUGAUGAUUGACACAAACCGUUUACGCUGCGAUGUUCCUGUUGAUGUUACUCAGCUCAUGGCCACUGGGUUAUUCAGUAUCAGCCCACAACAGAAGGAGGGAGGUUUCAUGCUGGAAAAUGAGGGAAUUGACCAUUUUAAAGCCACAAUAAAUAUAGAGGUGCAGUGGGCAAAUGAAGCAGUAAUAGCAUCUGUGGAGCGUAAUGGAGGAUUCAUAACUACAGCAUACUUUGAUCCACUUUCUCUUACAGCUGCCAUAAAACCAGUAGAAUUCUUUGGGAGAGGUAUUGCCAUACCUCGCCGAAUGCUUCCUCCACAGCAUCUGAUUGAUUACUACUCUGAUCCAAAAAAUCGUGGAUACCUGGCUGAUCCAGCUGAGGUAGCUAGAGAGAGGUUCCUUCUAGCACAGAAAUAUGGCUAUGAAUUACCAGAUGUGAAUGCAUCGCCUAAUAAAGAUAUACUACUAGAACGAAAGGAUCCACGUCAGAUUUUCUUUGGUUUAGAGCCAGGAUGGGUUGUUAAUUUAAAGGACAAGGUUAUUCUCAAGCCAACAGAUCCAGAACUCAAAGAACAUUUUGCAUCAUAAAUUAAUAAAUACUCAAUAUCUUUUUUUAUUUAACCUGAUACAGAAUCUAAUUGCAUACAGUAUUAAUUUACAUGUCAUGAUAUUUUAUUUCAGUAGUUGUCAGGUAAGUAGUGCAAAGCAUGUUAAGGCAGCUUCUGAAAUGUGAAAAAAAUUACUAUUACCCUUGUGCUUAACAGGUUACGUUUAUAUAUAGUCACCACUGAAAUGACCAUAACUUGUUAUAGGUAACAAUGAAUUUUUUUUUACUGAAGUGUAUAUUUAAUACAGAUCACUAAUGUACCAUUUCUUGAGUUAAUUUUGUUAAUUUAUAUUUAUACUUGAAAGCUAUAAGCUAUUUGUAAUAUUUAACUGUUGUCUAAAAGAUUCUGAAAUAUCAGUGUACAGUAUGGAAUAUUUAUCACAUUUUUCAAGGAAUGCUUAUAUGCAGUUACAGUAACAAAUUUAUCACAUCACUAUUUUGUGACAACCCCAGAGUGAAAAAUAAAUGUGGAUGUCCUUGAUCUGUAAGUACAUACUGCAUCUGUUUUGUGUACAUACUGUAUUGUACUAUUAUAAAUAUUUAACAUA